CCUGCCUAGGACCGGGAACAGUUGUUGAGUUGGGUUCGGACAAAGAGUGAUGACAUUGUACCUAUAUCUCUAGCAAAGAGGCAAAAUCAGUGUUCAGUCACACAUCUUUUAUUCAGAUAUACGGUUCUAGCAGUUCCAAGUAUAAAAUAUUCAGUAGUUUACAGAGUAUUCAUAAAUUCCACAUAUCUCCAGAAGUUACUGUUCUAUGACUCUUAUACAGUAUGCUUAGGUCAGGAUAAAUUGAUAUUUGUGGAGCCGAUUUUUAUGCAUUUAACAUAGGGGUAACUGUCUUCAGGGUGGAGGAAAGAUUGACAAAUGAGGAGCCGAAAAUCGGGCCUUUUAUAGUUUUAGCGCAGCUCCGCAUACGACAACGGUACGUGACGUACGUGGAGAUAGCUACUGUCCAAUCGGAAACGACGUUACAUAAAACGUACGGUGACACCGGAGCAACCGGAAGUAAACAAUGUCGCGGAGCGAAAGACCGAUAUAAGCGAAGUAUUUCUCGCAUAUCUUUCUAAAUAACAGUAUUCCAAGCGGAUCACCGAUAUAGAUUGAUCAAGAACAGAUAAAGCUGUGUUGACCUCACUGUCAGGAACAUUUGCUCUUCCAUCAUCAGAAAUGCUGCUCCUAAAUGAGAGUGUAACAAGUCAGUUUAUAGACAUCAAUGCAAUAAUUCCAGAUUCUGAAGACCUGCAACAUCAUAAAGUGAAGGUAAGGUCAAACCAGAGUGACAUGCACAUUGUUAUACAUCCAGAAAAUAUAACUGUUCACCUAGAAAUCUACAUUAAACAUGAAACACCUCCUACUCUCUUGGAUUAUGCUAUCUUAGGUGAAAAGCAGUGCUGUACAGCAGAGGUAAGCUACACAUUGGAUGACCUGGAAAGUCGCCUUGACCUUAUGAUGGCCUCAGUCGAUGCAAUGUGUAAAGGAUAUUUACCAAUGGAAGAUGACCUCGAUGAUUAUGAUUGGUUGCUUAGCAACAGGGAGUUAGAUUAAGAAUAAUGGAUUCUGCACAUGGAUUAUCACUGACAUUCUGAUUAAUAGUAAAGCAGUCCUGCACAUGUGAAUGUAAUGAAAAAAAAAAACAGAUCGGAUUAGAAAGAACAUAAAAGACUAAAAGAUUUUCACCUUAUUUACUGUUUAAUUCACCUUUUCUGUAAUAAGGUUUUGGUUGAUUUGAAUUUCAAUAAAUAACUAUUAUACCAUUUAUGUUAAAAAAUACAUCUUAUUCAAACUUUUUGAUUUAUAUAGAGGAUAUUACAUGAGUGUCUUUCCAUAUUGAAUUUAUGAAACGAGUUGAAUAAAAUAAUAAAAUGCGAGGCUCUACCGAGCAUUUUAUUAAUUUUAUUCAACGAGUUUAAUAAAUUCAAUGUGGAAAGUUACAAAUGUAAUAUUCUUUUUAUCACAGGUUAGUUUUUCCUUUUAAAACAUCAAAACUUCUACAUUCUUUUACUAUAUAAACAAGUCAGUUUCACCAACGUCUCCUAUACUUAUAACGAUGUUGACGUCAAAGCUUUAUUACACUAGUCUAUUAUCAUUUUUAUUUAAUGGCUUUUAUUACACUCCCGCGACGUCAAACAUGCGAUAAAAUAUAAUAUUUUAUGAUAGUAUAAUAUAAAUGUUUUGAUUAGUUUAUUUACUGUCAUAAAAUGAUUUUGUUGGGGAAUUUUCCUUUGUAUUUCUGGUAUUUUUGACAUAAAAAGCUGUAUUUAGUUCUGUUGACUAUAAUAGUUUUAUUUUAGUUAGAAUCACCUCAACAUUUUGUGAUUUCUUUAAUUUAUUUUUCAUUUAGGUUAAGUGGAUCAAAAAGCCUGUGUACUUUAUCAAUGGUACAAAUGUAUAUAAGAAACAGAGAUAUUUACAAGAUGGAAAAAAGCAGGUUCUUUUUUUAGCUCACCUGUCACAUAGUGACAAGGUGAGCUUUUGUGAUCACCCGUCGUCCGUCGUCAGUCCGUCCGUGCGUGCUUGCGUCAACAAUUUCUUGUCUGCACGAUAGUAGUUUCAUUUAUAAUUUUAUUUUAACCAAACUUGCACACAACUUGUAUCACCAUAAGAUUUCAGUUCUUUUAUUUAACUGGCCAGAUCCCAUUAUGGGUUCCAGAGUUAUGGCCCC